GUUCACUUCCUCAUUGACCAAGCUCUCCCUUAUCGUGCGUUCGCGACUCUGAGAACAACUUGGAGGAAACCAUCCUUCAAGUCUUUUUCUCUUUCGAGAAGUGGGCUCGGCCAAUCUCGGAGGGACGGAAGAAGAGAGUGGCCGAGGAAGCAGACUAAAACUUUGCAGAGCACGGAGCGCUGUACUUUGUCUACUCCCUCCCCCGGGCUUUCGGAUUAGCCGCCCCAGCAGCAGCAGAGAUGUCGAAGCCGCCACCUAAGCCAGUCAAGCCAGGGCAGGUCAGAGUCUUCCGAGCUCUGUAUACAUUUGAACCCAGAACUCCUGAUGAAUUGUACUUUGAAGAAGGUGAUAUUAUCUACAUUUCUGACAUGAGUGAUACCAACUGGUGGAAAGGGACCUCAAAAGGCAGGACUGGACUCAUUCCAAGCAACUAUGUGGCUGAACAAGCAGAGUCCAUAGAUAAUCCGCUUCAUGAAGCUGCCAAGAGAGGCAACUUGAGCUGGUUGAGAGAAUGCUUGGAUAACAGAGUUGGCGUCAAUGGCUUAGACAAAGCUGGAAGCACUGCUCUGUACUGGGCUUGUCAUGGUGGUCACAAAGAUGUAGUGGAAGUGUUAUUUACCCAACCAAAUAUUGAACUAAAUCAGCAGAAUAAGUUGGGGGACACAGCUUUGCAUGCUGCCUCCUGGAAGGGUUAUGCCGACAUUGUAGAGAUGCUUCUGGCGAAAGGUGCUAGGACAGACUUGAGAAAUAAUGAGAAGAAGCUGGCCCUGGACAUGGCGACCAAUGCUGCCUGUGCUGCUCUGCUUAAGAAGAAACAAGGAACAGAUGUAGUUCGGACAUUAAGCAAUGCAGAAGAAUAUCUUGAUGAUGAAGAUUCAGAUUAAUACCUUCCCUGAGUAGCUGAGAUCUGAAGCCUCUGCUGUCUAGGCCAUUAAAGAUAGAAAUAAAAGUAAAAAAACAAACAACCCUGCCUUUGCCAGAAGAAUGUUGGUAACUGUAAAAAGGAUGUGUGGGAAAGGCAGUGUUGCCUUCUGUUGGAACAGAAUUUGUACAUGACUUGUCUUCACUUUAAAUUUGCCAAUAAGUCACUAGAUUCCUUUGCUGUGUAAAGUGCAUUUAUGUUCACCAAAUUAGCAUAAGAGAAUAAUUUUUAUUUAUCCUACUCAAGGAAUUAAAAACUUUUUUUUGCUUAAUAAUGAAAACUCGGGGGUGGAUAUAUAUGUAUAUUUUUUAAGUUUGUAAUUUACCUCAGAGUUGAAGUAUUUUGAAUGGACUUUAGAGGGGAAAAUGCUUGUUAUAAACAUAAACCAAAAGUAUCUCUUUAGAAAACUGUCAGUUAUUCUGACAAAAAUAAAUAUUUUAUGACACUUUA